GGUGAGUGUUGAGUCGUUCACUCUGUGAGAAGAAAUCUAUAAUUCAGAUCAUGACUGAAGAAGCUUUGGAUGUGAUUGUUGUUGGCUCCUGUAUGACCGACUUGGUGAGCUCACCAACAGCUGAGGAAUGACUUUAAAAGAGACAUGCUGUAUGGGAGGGAAGCAGGAGUCAGCCUCAAAGCAAACACUUCACGUCACUGAACACCUGCUUUGGCCUUUUUGGCUCCGUGGGAGAAAACGCACUGAGCCAAGCACCAAGACUACCCAAAGCAGGCGAAACCAUCCACGGUCACAAAUUCUUUAUUGGAUUUGGAGGAAAAGGUGCCAACCAGUGCAUACAGGCUGCCAGACUGGGGGCCAAAACGGCAAUGGUAUGCAAGGUUGGUAAAGACUUCUUUGGAGACAAUUACAUCCAGAAUUUCAAGGACAAUGGUGUACACACAGAUUUUGUAGGGCAGUCCUCUGGCUCAGCCACCGGAGCUGCCUCUAUCAUUGUCAACAGUGCAGGUGAGAAUGCCAUUGUGAUCGUGGCUGGUGCCAACAUGCUGUUGGGCAGCGAGGAGCUGCAGAAAGCACUUCCAGCCAUCAGUCAUGCAAAAGUGCUAGUGUGCCAGUUGGAGAUCAGUCCACAGACGUCACUGCAGGCGCUACGCCUGGCUCAGAAGAACGGAGUAAAGACAAUAUUCAACCCUGCGCCGGCCAUUCCUGAUUUGGAUCCAGAUUUCUACAGAGUCUCUGAUGUGUUUUGCUGUAAUGAGUCUGAGGCUGAGCUGUUGGUUGGUUCCCCUGUAGCUAAUGUGGAGGAGGCAAAUCAGGCCGGUCAGGAGUUGCUGAAGCGAGGCUGUGGGUCUGUCAUCAUCACGCUGGGAUCUCAAGGCUGUGUGGUGGUCAAGACACAAGAGUCUAUCUCAAAACAUGUUCCACCUACUCCAGUAAUGGCAGUGGACACUACAGGUGCUGGAGACAGCUUUAUUGGAGCGCUGGCAUUUUACAUGGCUCAUUAUCCCACAAUGAUUUUGGAGGAAAUGGCGCACAGAGCCAAUCAGGUGGCAGGAAGGAGCGUGCAGGCUGCUGGCACACAGACCUCUUACCCAUUCAGAGACGACCUCUCGGCUGAACUGUUCUGAGAACAGCACAUUCAGCAAGUGGACACCAGAGAAAAUGGGUUUUAUAACUUUGAUCCAAGCCAUUUGUGAAAUGGAGGAUUACUGAUAAUGUAAAAAAGUCUAGUUUAAUGUAAAGCUUCAUCACUGCAAAUUUUCAUUUUACCUGUUCAAUGUAAUCAGUUUAAUAGUUAACAAGCUUGUACAACACAUAACUGAUUUCAAAGUAAGCCAAAUAAAUCAUGAUACAAGCCAUUACAUAUACUGUAGGUUAUGCAAUACUUCACAGGCUGUAGAUCAACACCAGCUGUGAUGGUCUCAGUAAACCACUUUUAUGGUUUUAUGUGGUGUUAAUAAAGACUGUGUUGAAGCUC